AUGGACCGUUGGGAGAUGAACUGGGAGGCAUAUGUCAUAGGCACAUUGGACGACAACGGCAAUGUCAACCAGAACGACGAACUUGUGUCUGCGCUCGAUGACGACGUGAGCAAUGAUAUGUUUACCGGUAGUUCAAGCUGCUUGUACGAAACGGAAACUCAAGCCGCGAUCGUCAACGACAUUCAAACUGGAUUCCCAACACCACCAUGCAGUACGUCGAACCGUAUCUUCGAUUGCUUUGAACCAAGAGAACCGAGAAGAGCCACUCACUGUUCGGCAGCCCCUACAACUACCAAAUAUGCCGUUGGAGUACACCGAAGCACCAACGCAAUGGAGCAUGCUGUUGGUGCAUCUGCCCUUUCGUUUGAGACUCACUCGAUCCUGUACGCGUUCAUGUUUGCAACGUACCACCAUUGCGUGGAAGUGCUGGCGUCGGUGGUGAAAGCCCACGGGCUGGGCCUCAUCGAGGAGAGCCGCGACGUCUACAAAGACAUCCAUUGGAGAACUCGAUUCCAAUGCGCCUUUCAAGCCUCAGCUUCGAAUCCUCAGUUGCACUUCAGCGCCAUAUCGUGCCCUUGCCCGUGGACCAUAGAGAUCACCAAGGCCGGUUUGAAUUGGUACAUUCAGCCCCCUGCAGCCAACACCAAGCAUAGCCAUAACGUGUGGACCCGUCCUUUUGCCCGACCGCCAGCCCAAGCAUACGCAACGACACCCCGCGACCUUUGGGUUUGCGAUCCAUUUGCCGAGUUUCUGACGGCGCAGUGGUCCCUCGACCAAGGCAUUCAAAUGGUUGCUUUUAGUGAAUGUGGCCGCCGAGACGACCUGUCUGAUGACGACGACGACGUCGAUGGGACUUCAGAGAAAGAUAUAAAACUCAAGCUCCCCGACAGUCACACGUCAUGUCUGCACAAGGCGUUGGCUGUCUUCCCCAUCCAAGAAACGUUUCCGGCGGGGCCGUUCCCAUCGAUAUUCGAUGCCGAACUCACGUUCUACCACUGGAAUCGGAACCGAGGCUUCAAGACCGUGCGCGCACGAUCGCCGACACUUGAGGCGGGCCCCGUGAAAAUCGCGACAUUUCAAUGCGCGAUUGCACAGUGGACUGCGUGUCCAUGGUUUGUCCAAUUGGCAAAGUGCCCCACGCUCAAGAAAUACCACGUCACGUCUAUGUAUCUUGUGCACAACCACUGCCCCAAGGACGUGUCGAGCAACACCAGCGCAUCGUUGUCGUAG